AUUGUGUACACACGGAACGGAACAAAGUGCGGCUGUGUUGGUGCGCCAGGAAAAGGCAAUCAGUCAGUUUGCUAAAUAAAAAAAAAGGUUGCUGCAAGAAAGACCAGCUGGGGUGGAUCGCAAAUUCGACGGAAGUUUUUUUCUCUACACCGCUUUACGGUGAACAUUAGCAAAAGCAACCCUCCUCAAGUUACGGUUCCGUUUGGCGCUUCGGUUUGGGCGAGAAAGCCAUCAUCGUCCGCUGGAUCGGUAAAACGGGUUGGUACGCGCUUUGUUGGUAGAAAUUGCGUGUCUCCCCAGCGCGCACACACAAGCACAACGUCAGAUGAUAAUGAGCUCCGUGUGCCUUCCAGCAGCACCAGCACCACCACCACGUUAGUCGUUGGACAAAACAACACAGGUUCGGUGCCGAAUUCUAUACCACGCGCGAAGGACGACCGCUUUUUUGGUGAACUGUUGGUAAGCCAGUGUAGCGUGUGCCGCGGACCGGGUUUCCCUUUCACGGGUGAGGCUGCCAGUGUGUUCUGCUCGACCAAACAACAUCUCCAUCCGUGUCGAACAUUGAUGCUGCGCGUGUGUGCGGUUUAGGAUAGGGCUGCCAGUCAGCCAGCCAGCCAGCCAGCCAACCAGUGUCGUGCAAACCACCCCUGCAACUGUAGUGAACAACGGCUUUUCCCCCAUCCCAGCGCAAACGAGUGAAAAGUAGGAAAAGCGAACUUCUCCACCCUUUGUCCAAACCCAUUUAGUGCAAGUGUGCGUGGUUGUGUUCGAUGGUUUCACCCGUCGGAUAACAAAGAACAGCAUCGGUCAAAUGACCUCCGAAGGAACGCUUGUGGAUCUGGAUUUCGGAGACACAAGCACGACGAAUCCCGCCAGUGCCAUCGUCACAUCGAACGGACACACAGCAGCAGCAGCAGCAGCAGAAACGCAACCACCGACGACCACACACACACUCCCCGGAACGGUGAAUCAUCUAGCGUUCGUUUCCGGUGCCACCGGUGGACACCCGCAAAAGCAACUACAGCCACCAGCGUCGCAGCCGCAAGCAGCGGACCACGGUGAGCGAGGCGUGAACGAUGCAAUCAUAAGCGACCUACUGCUGCCGAUCUCCACCUCCUCCUCUGCAGCCGAUAAGCAGAGCGUGAACAACCAUCACCACCACCACCACCACUACGACCACCAAGGUUCGUCGCGGCUGUCCGCAUCCUCAGCCGCGACCGUGGCCGCCACCAUCGCCGUAGUGGACACCGGCGACGGUACGCCGCUCGUCCUGCCGGACGUUAGCUUCGAAGGCAUCACGCUGGAUUCCGGCAUCGAUCGAGAGUCGCAGCCCCUGCUGGGGUCGCGCGAUCAUGAGAUUACGUACAAUCAGUUUCCCGAUGAUCCUCACUUCAGUGACCUAGUGUACUCGGCAGAAAUAGCGAUCGAUGCUGGCAUCUAUCCGGAACGUAUCUACCAAGGCAGCAGUGGGUCCUACUUUGUGAAAAAUCCCGCCAAAAAAGUAAUUGCCGUUUUUAAACCAAAAGAUGAGGAACCGUACGGAAGGUUAAAUCCCAAGUGGACCAAAUGGAUGCACAAGCUGUGCUGUCCGUGCUGUUUUGGACGCGCCUGUUUGAUACCGAACCAAGGGUAUCUCUCGGAGGCCGGAGCUAGUCUAGUGGACCAAAAACUAAAUCUAAACAUCGUACCGAAGACGCGCGUCGUGCGCCUCGUGUCGGAAACGUUCAACUACCCGCGCAUCGACCGGCAGAAGGCACGGAUCAAGAAGACGAUCAAGGAGCGCAUCCCGGCCGCUCGGUUCAACCGCAUGUCGCUCCCGCCGAAGACCGGCUCGUUUCAGCUGUUCGUCGACGGGUACAAGGAUGCCGACUACUGGUUGCGCCGGUUCGAGCAGGAGCCGCUGCCGACGCGGCUCGGUCAAAAGUUUCAGCUACAGUUCGAGCGGCUGGUCGUGCUCGACUACAUCAUCCGCAACACGGACCGGGGCAACGACAACUGGCUGAUCAAGUACGAUCAACCGUCGAUCCUGCCGACCAGCCCGACCGCGGCCACGACACCGAACGGCGUGAACGGCAUCGCGGCGGCCAACGGCAACGGGUACAUCCCGCGCAGCAGCAGCCGGCUGGAGAUGAUGGAACACACCGACUGGAAUCUGGUGCAGCUGCCCGAAAUUCGGAUCGCCGCCAUCGACAACGGGCUCGCGUUCCCGUUCAAGCAUCCCGACUCGUGGCGCGCCUACCCGUACCAUUGGGCGUGGCUGCCGCAGGCGAAGCAACCGUUCAGCCAGGACAUCAAGGAUCUGGUGCUGCCGUCGCUGUCCGAUCCGCACUUCUGCGAGGAGCUGUGCAACGAGCUGUACGAGCUGUUCAAGCAGGACAAGGGCUUCGACCGGGGCCUGUUCGAGCGGCAGAUGUCUGUGAUGCGCGGUCAGAUGCUGAAUCUAACGCAAGCUUUAAAGGACGGCAAGAGCCCGGUCCAGCUGGUCCAGAUGCCGGCCGUCAUCGUCGAGAGAUCGAAGGUUAAUCCGGGAUCGUCGAGAUUUUUCUCAUUCCAGCAGCGCUUCCAAAACAAGAGUCCGUUCUUCUCCUGGUGUUCGAAAUUUUCAAGCCAUUCAAAACCGGAAGUUCAAGUCCCGAUGGCCGAAACGGAAGGAGUGUGCUUAGUCGCGGAGCAGGAUCCAUGUGCAGCGGGUUGCACUGUCUACUGCGAUGAGGCUGCCGUACCAUUAGCAGCGCCCCAAAUUCCCUGCUGCGCACCGACCGGUGGAGAAAUUCCGGACACAGCGUGCCUCGAUCCGUCCUACCCGUGUUGUGCCGAGUCCUGUGCGCAGCCAACCGCCAUCGUCGUCGACGAUUGUUCCGUUCCCGCGGCUGACUGCUGCCCGGCCGAGAUGCCACAGUGCUGUAACUGUGCCUGCGGUAGGCCGGGAUGUGUGCCCAUGAAGCGUGUGCGCUACGUCCAGCCGCCGAAACGGGAGUCCUGCAAACCGAUCGUAACGUACAAAGCGCCCGAGGUGGAGUUCGGUGGCGAUUCGACCUACAAAACGUCCUUCAGUGCCGAUCCCCAGCUGGUCGUCAAUGCUCGCCCGCUACCGAUCAAGCCCCAGGGCCAUCUGGUGCCACAUUCGGGCAGUUUGGAGAAAACCACCGUCACAGCGCUCUCCUACCCUGGUUACAACAAUGUAGAUCGAGCGCAACCGAUAGUUCCUACCGGCAAUCAGCUGAUACAGCCGGGCCCGCUGCAGGAGGUGACGACCAGCCGGCAUGAUUACGUGGCCAAAACGACACCAAAGCGGUACAAAAUCGUCCCGCCGGGGCACAUGCACGUGCACAGCGCACCGUUCGAAAAGCAGACGAUGAACAAGCUGUCCUACAGCUGCCCGAACAUGGCCAGCUUCGAGCCGGCCCGCUCCUGCAAACCGUUGCGCGAGUACGAGCGUCCCGAGAUCCCAAUGCAGUCCGAAACGACCACAAAGCUCAGCUACGGUCCGGUCUGCCCACCGCCCAAGGAGGACGUGCCGUGGGCGCGGCGCGCCUGCUACCAGCCGCCCGACGUGCCGAUGGACAACGAGACGACGUACAAGAAGAGCUUCAUGCCGGGCUGCGCGAACGAGCGGGCCAAGAUGGUGCUGCCGUACAACAACCUUUCCGUACCUGCCGGUUCGGGUUUCGAAUCGAAGACAGUCUACAAGGAGAGCUACCACAGUGCCACGUGCGGCGAGCGGCCGCCCGCGAUACGCCCCGUCGCCAAUCUGCGCGUGGCCGAGCAGCGGCUGGACGACGACACCGUGUACAAGACAUCCUUUGCCACCCACUGCCAUGCGGAACGGCCGGCACCGAUCCGUCCCCGUCCCGCACCGCUGAUCGGCGACGGGCCCAUGCAGGAGGUGACCACGCAGCGGCACGACUUUGUCUGCAAGGGGCAAGCGAAGCGGGACCCGAUCGUGCCACAAGGAUCGCUCAAGAUGCCAACGGGACGGGUGGAGAGUGCCACCGUCAACCGAUUAUCCUACCCGGCCAACAAGGAAAACAUUGUGCCGACGAAAUCGUGCAAACCCAUCCUGGUCUACAAGCGUCCGGAGGAACCGAUGGAGAGUGAUACGACACAGAAGCUAAGCUACAUGCCCGUGUGUCUGCCGCAGAAAGAGCACUACCCGUGGGCGCAGCGAGCCCGCUACCAGCCACCGAACCUGCCGAUGGACUCGGACACGGUGCAGAAGCUGAGCUACGCGCCACCCGGGCAGUACAUCGAGGAGCCGUGCGCUAGUGGGGCGGUCUGCUGCCAAUCGUGCAGUCCGGCCGCGGUCAACUGCUGCGCAAACGUGGACACGGCGUGCAGCGGUGUCAGUUACCCGCGCGCAGCUAUUGUGAAGUAGAGCUUCAGCUGCACACGGUGUGAUCGAAUCGGAUCGGUGCCUUGCGUCGUGCUUUGCGUCGGAGAGCUUGCAAGUCAAAUCCUAACGGUUUUAUAUUUGUGUUUACCUUUGUGCUGAUAAGUUGAAAAAAGAAAAUCCUGUAGAGUAUUGCCCCAUUUACCCCCUUUCCUUUUUAUGGCUGACGAAACAUAAAAAAUAUAUAUCAU